AGUCGAGUUUGAAACUUACACUCACGCGGAGUUGUAAAUAGUUGUUCGAGUUUUUUGGCUCGUACUCAAACUGUAGAAAAAUGUAAAAAGUCGACUUAAACAUAAUAUUUGUUUGCCUGCAAAUUCUUUUCGAUUUUAAGUUUAAGCGAAAACGAAACGGAAAUAUUUUAGAAAACGAACACAAAUGCUAAUUAUAUUCAACGGCUUAUAGAUUGCUAUAUAGUAGGAAACAAUCGCAACGCGAUAGGUAACAUAAAUAAUAUCGAAACAACGUAACGAACGUAAGUUUAGGAAUAUAGCUAAUUUCGGGUGCGUAUAACUCCAUUAGAAGACGAUUAGCAUAGCCAACUAGUUAAUGUAGAGUGACAGCAGGAAGCAGGAGUCCCAGCACUACUAAUUCAAUCAGACCCCUCUGAAAAGCCAACAAAUAAAAAUAAACGCGUCCAGCGCUCAGGCCAAGCGGGGCAGUGACAGUCGUGACACGGAACCAAACAGAAUCGUUCCGCUGCUGGGGCUGCCACCCGCUCAACUAAGGCAAAGGACACGGCGGUCCGAACGCAAACUAACUAGAAAACUUUGUCAAACACUCGAGUAAAGCAGCAGCAAACGUGCGCGUGUGAAAGUUUAUCUCGUUCUACAAUUUGUGCGGAUUCCAGAACUCAAACAUAGAUACGGGGAGAAAAAAACAGAGACACUCAGACGGACAUAAAGAGCAAGUGCUUUAAUUUGAACACGUUCACAGCAAAAGAGGCGCCGUAAGGUACGAUAACCAGCUGCAAAAUGUCCUCCUCCAUGCCACUGACCAUGGACCAGCGACGCUUGAAUUGGCCAGCAUUUCUGCUCUCGCUCCUACUGCUCCAGGCGACUGCGAAUGCCAUCGACUUGAGUCGCCUGUACGGGCACAUGGCCAACCCCAUACAGAAGCGUAGCGAUGCCUGCCAUCCGUACGAGCCCUUCAAGUGUCCCGGUGAUGGUAAUUGCAUUUCCAUACAAUAUUUAUGCGAUGGUGCACCCGAUUGCUCCGAUGGCUACGACGAGGACAUGCGCCUUUGCACUGCUGGUAAGUCCCUGAGACGAAAUUUCUACUGACUUUCAGUUGAAGCU